AUGGAAUGACUGGUCGUAUGGUUUGGUUUGCAGUGAUUGACAGCUCAGGAGACAUACGAGUCAUCACUGAAUCACUUCCAACACAUCCAACACUCCAUCCAUUGCCGCCAUUAGCUACACAUAUGGAGGUCACGGACUCAAUGGGAUCAUCCGCUGUAGUCGUGCAUCCAAUGCACGCCACGAAUGGAGACAAUGACGUCAAUGGGAUGAAUGGGACGGAAGGGCUGACUGCGAGUCCGAUGACCACAUCCGCGCCAAUGAACACAUCGGACACACCGAUGGACACAAUGGAGACACAACUGGAGACCCAAACGGUCACCCAAAUGGUGUCUGAAAUGGUGGGCCAAUCGGUGAGUCAUUGGUGUGAACCUAAGAGCAGAUAUCAGCGCAAGACGUGCACCGAAAUGGCGGUCAAGUUGUGGCGCGUAUUGCAGACAAUAAAUGGCUUCCAUAAGAGUCGCCAAGAGUUGCACCAAAACGUUUCCAACCAAAUGCUGGAGGAGUUUAACGUCAAACUUAACGACAAUCGGAUCAAUCAAUUGAUUGAAACGGCAAUCGACGACAAACUGAUUACCGCCGAAGAGACGGAUGACUCACAGAUCAGAUAUGUGGCGAACUUUGAUCGGCAACUGUUUGGCGAAGUGAGCACUGAUUGGCUGUGCUUUGAGUGCCAUUUGGCGGUUGAGGAUCGGGUGCUGAUUGGGUGCACCACUUGUUUCCGAGCAUUUCAUCCGCAGUGUCUCAAAGUGAAGGUCAACCCAAAUAGCUAUGAAUGCGGAUAUUGCGAGCGUUUGGUCCAAAGGGACACCACUUUGAAAGUUACAGUAAUGGCAGUGAAGGGGUGUAACGGUUGUUGUGAAUGA